AUGCAAGAUGGCUCAGUAUAUGGUUGGGGGAAAGCGCGGCUCGGCCAACUCGGGAACCCGCUGACUGACAACGUCGCAAAACCUUCCAAAAUCGAGGGUAUACCGUUCAAGCCUAGAAAGGCCGUAUGUGGGAAAGACUUCACAUACAUGGUCAGCGAUCCAGCCGAGGGUAAACACCAUCUCCUCGGCAAAGACAAGUUCAACAUCAUCUCGAAUAUGCCCGAACACGUUAAGAACUGGAAAGACAUCGGCGCGACUUGGCACGCCAUCUUCGUACUCUUCAACGACGGAACGCUUACGGCGUGGGGUAAGGAGAAUAUGUGGAAGCUACUACCGCCCAAUCUGCCGCUUCUGGAUAAGAUCGCUGUUGGGUCGGACCACAUCCUCGCUGUGACGAAAGAAGGCAAAUUGAUAUCAUGGGGUUGGGGUAAACAUGGGAACUGUGGCGAUCUGUCGAACGUUGGGGUUGAUAUGAAGAACGAUAUGGUCAGCGGGUUUUGGAACGAAAUCAGCAUACCAGGAGAGAUCCAGACGAUUGGGGCUGGGUAUUGUACUAGCUUUGUGGUUACUAAACAAGGUUGA